AUGAAUUACGAAAACUAUCUGGCGACUGGUGAACGUUUUCAACGUCUUCACUACCAUUUCCGUUUGGGAGCUACAACUAUUGGAAUAAUUGUCGAUUCUGUAUGUUCAGCGAUAUGGAAAUUACUAUCACCUAUCUACUUACCAUCGCCAAAAAAAGAUGAUUGGAUUAAAAUAGCAAACGAUUUUUAUGAAAUAUGGAACUUUCCAAACUGCAUUGGUGCAAUUGAUGGUAAACAUAUUUCUAUUAUAUGCCCUCCGGGGGCUGGAUCGGAGUAUUACAAUUACAAGGGGUUUCAUUCAAUUGUACUGCAAGCAGUAGUCGAUGCUCACGCUAAGUUUAUUGUGAUAGAUGUUGGAGAUUAUGGUCGGUCUAGUGAUAGUGGGAUUUUCAAAGAAUCUCAAUUUGGUAAACAAUUAUUUCAAAAUAAAUUAGAUUUGCCAGCACCCAAAAAAAUUAAUCAAAAUAUUAAUGAAGAUUUCCCCUUUGUAUUUGUUGGCGAUGAGGCUUACCCACUAUUACCUAAUUUGAUGAGACCUUUCCCUCGUAGAAAUUUAACAAACGAAAAACGUAUAUACAAUUAUCGACAAUCCCGUGCGAGAAGAAUAGUUGAAUGUGCAUUUGGAAUUAUGGUAAAAAGGUUUAAUGUAUUAGAAAAUAAAAUGCUAGUCGGCCCUGAAAAAGCUACAAAAAUAACUCAGGCAGUUUGUGUACUUCACAAUUUAAUUAUGACUAGAGAAGCUAACUUUGUUGAAGUUCAUAAUCAAAUUGAAAAUAGUAAUGAUCAAAUGGGGAUUAGAAACACUACAAACAUUGUUGAUCAUAAUAGAUGUUCUACAGCAGCUAUUGAACUACGAAAUAAAUUUAUGGACUACUUCAAUUCAGAAAAUGGCUCAGUCCCUUGGCAAGACCAAUAUUUAGUAUAA